AUGGAAAAUAAACCAACAGAUCUUUAUCAUACAGUUGGAUACGAUCGUGGAGAACAACAUGUUGACAAAUCGAAAGUUGAUUCACGUGAAGAGACUUCAGCGCCACAAGCUGGCAUGCAUGGUCAACCUGAAAGUCAUAUUUCUGGUCAAGGUGGUGCAGAAGUCUUAGGUGGAACUGCAAGUACACGUAUCACUGGCCAAUCAGUUGAUGAACAACUCACAACUCAAUUGCCCACACAUAGUAACAAAUGA